AACCCAACCUCAAUAGUGCGAUCCCCUGGCCCUUCCUCCCUGCCUUGCAUCCUCUCUCCCUCCCUGGCCUCCUCCUGCAGUUCCUGAUACUCUUGUGUCUGAUUCCAGAUGAGUACCCUGGGGCUGGCUCCUCCAGCCUCUUCUCCGUGCUGAGCCCCAGAGGGAUGGUGAAAAGGGAGCUCCUGCGUGAUGUGGUGGGGGGCUGCGGCUAUCGGAUCAACAACCACUUGGACCUGGAGUACUCACCACUGCCCGUGAACAAGAUUAUCAGUUCUGCGGAGGGGAUGGUUGGUAAGGAGAAGGAGUACAGUAUUGUGAACGGGAACUGUGAGCACUUUGUCACCUCUCUGAGAUACGGCAAGGCCCGCAGCCUGCAGGCAGAAAAGUUCCUGACUGGAGCAAGUGUGAGCCUUGGAGCCAUAUUUAUGGCUAGUGUGGUCUGUUCUGUCAUGAAGAAGCGAUCCCAACGCCAGUGACAGCCUGAAGGGGCACAAAACCCCGAGUUAGAAGCCGCUGUAGAGCUGACCUCGCACAGUCCCGUCCCCCUGACCCCAGCUCUCGGGGAACCUGUCGUUCUGUCUCUCACUGUCCCUCUCUCACUGGCUGAAGGAUGGACUGAUUGUGCCAACACUGAGGAAUUCAUACGUGAAC